AUGAAGAUGGCGUGCAUGGCCGCUGGUGUGGAUAAUGGAAAGCAGGAGGUCCGGGAACAGGUUGUUACUGGGAAGUUUGUCCAUGGGGAGGUUUUUGCUACCAUAGAGAAUACUCAGGCGAUGCACGCUACUGUAAAAGUGUUCAUGGAGAUAGACUUUGCCUCCUACCUCUACCUGGGCGAGCUCGACAUGGCAUGCCUUCACCAGUUGUGUGAUGACUCUGACGUUGAGGAUAGUCAGGUCAAAGGUGGCUUUUCUCAUGUUGGUGCUUCCCCUAGUAAGUGA